CAAGGUCGGAUAGUAUUUCUGCCGAACCCCACACUGGACCGUAGCAGUCAUAUUCCGUGCUUACAGCGGCUUGUAGAUUUGGCCGCGGGCGUUAGGAGGUAGAUCGAGCGUGCGGGCACUCAGAUGGUGGUGGGCGGGCUUUAGGGGGCCCGAGCAAUUCGUUGGUCGUGUAGCGCGCGCUCCUUGUGCGUGGCAGUGCGUGGGGGCGAGGUGGAUAGCAGGACGUGCGUGCUGCCAGCGCGGAGCGCACAGCAUCUGCCUGCGUUUAUCUCCCGCCAUGGCGCAGGACACCCCUAGCCCGGGAUUAAGCGAGGCUGGCGGGGGGCAAGGCGAAGGCGCAGGGGAGGGGAGGGGCACGCAUGCGCGGAUGGGCGCGGACGGGUGCUUCGUGCUGCGCACGGGCGCGGCCAUGCCCGCCAUCGGGCUGGGCACGUGGCUGGAGGGCGACGGCGGCGAGCAGACGCAGGAGGCGGUGCGCGUGGCGCUGCAGUGCGGGUACCGCAGCAUCGACUGCGCGCACCUUUACGGCACGGAGAUGGCCGUGGGGCGCGCGCUGGCGGACGCGUUCAGCGCGGGUGUGUGCCGGCGGGAGGACGUGUUCGUGGCGUCCAAGGUGUGGUGCACCACCUCCAACGCCAGCCGCGUGCUGCAGGCGUGUGAGCGCGCGCUGAAGAACCUGUGUCUGGCGCACCUGGACCUCUUCCUGCUCUCGUGGCCGCUCGCCUCGCCCCUCAACCGCUCCCCUGCCGACGCCACGGACCCCCCGGUGUCGUCGCCGCGGCGCGGGCAGCAGAUGUCGCUGAACGUGGCGGAGCUGUGGGCGGGCAUGGAGCAGCUGGUGAGCAGCGGGCAGGUGAAGGCCAUCGGCGUCGCCAACUUCAGCGCGCCCAUGGUGCUCGACCUGCUCUCCCACGCACACGUGCUGCCCGCCGUCGUGCAGGCGGAGAUCCAUCCGCUGUGGCGGCAGGAGCAGCUGGUGGAGGUGUGCCACGCGCACGGCAUCCACGUGUCGGCGCACACACCACUCGGCACACCGGGGGUGGCACCGCUGGCGCUGUCGUCGCAGGAGCAGGCGGAGAUGAGCCAGUGGAGCGUGCCCGCCCCUGCUGGCAAGGGCCGCUCGCGCACCGUGCACGGGCCCAUGCUCAGGCACUAUGCGGUGCAGGAGGUGGCUGAGAAGUACGGCAAGACACCAGCUCAGGUGAUCCUGCGGUGGGCGCUGCAGCGCGGCACGAGUGUGCUGCCGGUGAGUGUGCGGGAGCAGCGCAUCCGCUCCAACUACGCGUUGCUGGACUGGCGCCUCAGCGACUGCGACUGGGCGCGCAUCAACGCCAUCGAGCCGCAGAUCCCCCUGCUCGGCCCCUGCCUGGGGCCCGCCGCCUCGCUGCCCAACAGCGCGAGCAUAGGCGGGCGACCAGAGACGUUCCAAGAAGAGGAGGAGGACGUGGCGGGGGACGACGGUGACAAGGGCAAAUAGGCCAUGGGAAGUGCCGCAAGGGGAGGGGGUGGUAGAAACUACUGUGGGGGGGGGCUUGGGGUGGGAUAGAGGUUGGGACUCUGGGUGAUGUUCUUGAAGUGCAUGCUGAUUUGUGGUAAGGUGAGGGACAGGUGGCAGUGAGCAGCACUGAAUGCACCAUCUUGUAACCGUGUUUCCGUUGUAGGUUCGAGUUGUUCCAGAUCCUAGCACAUGGUUAUUGCCACGUAAUGCUGGAACUCUCUUGUUACUGUGUUGAUAAGCUACAGUGACUAUCAUAGGUGCAAUGCACAUGUGC